AUGACUGUGCCCAAAGUCAAGUCUCGCCCCCAGCUCCGUAGCCAAGCGAAGCAGCGUAGAACCAGCAAGAAGCACAACGUCGACAAGCCGAAAGCGAAACAAACAAACAGCGAUGCGCAGAGCCCUACAAAAGCGCCAAAAGGUAGACACCGUUGCUUCAAACGAGCCCCUGUUACCACGGACAGUUCAGAAGCAGCCCGUAGCGCUACGGACGAGCAAGAUCACGAGACGAGCGGUACCUACGAGAGCGAUAAUCGAAACGAAUCAGGCGAUGAUGGUAUCUCUGCUAUCCCGUGCGGUUCUGGCGCGCCAACGGAAUUUGAAGAUGAGGAUGACGACCCGCCUGCCUCUCUUCUAAACCUGGCGCCUAUUUGGUAUCCUCAGCCAGACUGGUCUUGGCCGGAUACUCUGCCAGCGGCAACGGAAACUACAUUAGGUGACUCUCCUGUCGCCGAACAUGCUACAGCGGGCCCUUUCCAAGUGGCCGGAUACGACGGUCGCAGUAUCAUCCGCAUCAACAGUAACUACAGCACAUCCAGCAUCAGCGGCAACAAUCACUACGGCAGACCCAUCUUCAGUGUCGACAGUUGCUCCAGCGAUUCUGACUCCGGUUGUGGCCGUUACUGCAACAGAUUGUACUCCAGUGGUAGCCAUCACUACAUCAACUUUGGCUCAGGUAUCAUCGUAUGGCACAAAUGGGUCGUCGACCUCUUUGCCGGACGCAAACCAGUCUCGCCCAUGCACAACGAUGUCAACAAUGUACCACCGCCCGUCUCGAUCAUAUCCUGGAUUAGAGAGGAUCGCGACUCCGACGCAGCGCUUCCAUUGCCUUCCCAACCCCACCUUGAAUUGAGAUAUCUCAUCCCUGCGACCUUUGACAAGCGGAUGAGACUGAACUAUCAUUCCAACAUUCAUCCCGCGCCCCAACAUGACUCUGUCGGCAAGGUCGCGACCCAUGAAGACGCAUCCCCCACGAACAACGUACAGCGCGGCUUCGUCGUAGCAAAUCGGCCUGCUUCAGCCCCAUCUCCACCACGCCGCGACAUUGAUCAUUACAGCAGUCUGCUAGCUCGUGACGACACCAACUGGGCGGAGUGGAACAAGCUGAAUAUUACUGCAGACGCCAUGCCCUUCACACGGUCGCAGUCGGACACCCAAUUCCUGCAUCCUCAGACCGGAAUGAAGAUGGCACGGGCAAACGGUCACCUGACCAAGAGCCAGACUGGUCAUGCUUUCCUAGAAGAUGCCGGCCACCGGUAUCCGUUUGGCCAGGGACCGGGCUGGUAG